CGCAUGCUCUGUGUGAAAGCGUGUUUUGGUGUCAAGCGGCGCUGCUAGGCUAGCCGGGCUAGCUAGCAAUUUUGCAAGUCAUGGUGGGCCAUUCAAUGAGGAAAGGCUGGAGAGUGCUGUAUCUGGCAUCACUGUGGAACUUUUAAUGAAAAAGGACUUGUUACUAUUCUAAGCUGACUUUGAGGCAUGAAGGCACACUUGCAAAAUCUUCAUGCGAAUGGGAUGAUGACACUCUUUUGAAGAGCAGAGCUUUGACUUUAAACUGGACUCUCUAAAAAAGUGAAAACCUCAUCUUGGAUCCUAUACAGCUUUUUGACAUAGAUAAUCCUGUUGACAACCCUCCCCUUUUGCUAUAUUUAACUGGUUUUUAUGUUCAUGUAUCUAUCUCAGUCUUUUAGUGGUAGUGGAGAACUAUUGAUCCAAGAAAGUUGGCCCCCUUUUUGUUUUUGUUUUUUACUUUCACCUUUUGUUCCUUUGUAAAGAAAUGCUUUACCUGAAAAAGUACUUCACAGAGGGCCUGAUUCAGUUCACCAUCCUUCUGAGUCUCAUUGGGGUGCGGGUGGACGUUGACACCUACCUAAACAAUCAGCUGCCCCCACUGAGAGAGAUCAUCCUGGGGCCUAGCUCAGCCUACACCCAGACACAGUUUCACAACCUGCGCAACACGCUGGACGGCUAUGGCAUCCAUCCAAAAAGUGUGGACCUCGAUCGUUUCUUCACCACUAGACGACUGCUAAACCAGGUGCGCCAGCUGGAUCGCCUCUUCGUGCCCAGUACAGAGCUCAACACCUGGCUAGUGCAUCGUGACUCUGAUACUGUGGUGUCCGCCAGCAGCCAGUCCAGCCCCACCAUCACCCUGGACAAUGGGGCCGGCCUAGAGGACGUUAACAACCCUGACGCUACCCCGGCCAUGAGGGGAGGAAGUGGAGCGCCUGAAUCCACAUACAGUCUGAACACAGCGGACAGGCCAUUUUUCAAUGGUUGCUCUGUGUUUUUUCAGGACAUUGACUUGAUUGACAUCCUAUGGCGACAGGACAUUGAUCUUGGCGCAGGAAGAGAAGUUUUUAACUACAGCAACCGUCAGAAGGAAAACGAGGAGGAGAAGCCCAGCCCACAGGAGAACAAAGACAGGAAUGAGGAACAAGAAAGCUGGAGAAAUGGCGUGAACUUACAAGGGGCUCCACCAGUGGAUGGAGAGACUGGAGAGAGCAUUCCUGAGCAGCUCCCAGCUCUCGGCACACAGACCUCACUGUCUCUACAAGAAUGCUUGAGGCUGUUGGAGGCCACAUUCCCUUUUGGAGAAGAAACUGAGUUUCCAGCCCCGGUUGUCAGCCCAGAAAUUGCCGUUUCCAAUGAAGAAGUUCCUUCUACAUCUCAGGGCCUCCCUCUGGUGCCACAGCUGCCCUCAGCAGAACCACAGUUAGACCUGGAGCAGCAGUGGCAAGACAUCAUGGCCAUCAUGGAGCUACAAGCAAUGGAAGUGAACAACACUUCUCUCCACACCAAUUCAAGCAGCAUAAGUGCCAUAAGUGGGACAACUGAGUCAAGCACUGCGGGAAACUUUGAAUUGUCUACUCGCUCGACACCAAUAAACCAGGAUGUCAGCCUUCAUCAGGCUUCCCUCCCCAGCUGCAGCCAAGACUUCCCCCAGAUUUUUAACCCUCAGCUGGACUCGGCAAGCAUUGCCCCAAGAACCGCCACACUUAGACCCUCCUCCAGCAACUCCACUAACAUCAACUCCACAUUCGGAGCCACCAACCUAACUGGGAUCUUUCUCCCGCCACACGUGAACAGUUCCAGUAACAACGUUACUUCCACCCCUGUCCUCCCCGAUCCUUUCAGCACCCUGCUGGAGGAGUCGAUGCUUGACGAAAUCAGCCUGUUGGACCUCGCCAUGGAGGAGGGCUUCAGUCAGGCCCAGGCGUCCCAGUUGGAGGAUGAGCUUGACUCAGAUUCUGGUCUUUCCCUGGACUCCAGCCACAGCCCGGCCUCCCCAAGCAGCUCAGAAACCUCCUGCUCAUCUGCAGCUUCCUCCUCUUCAACGUCUGCCACUUUCUCGGAGGAAGGAGCUGUGGGCUACAGCACUGACUCUGAGGUGGCCACUGUAGAGACAGAGGAAGGAGCUGUUGGAGGUUACCAGCCUGAAUAUAGCAAGCUCUGCCGUAUGAGCUAUCAGGACCCCUCCCAGUUCCACACUCUCCCUCAACUUGACAGCAUCAGCCAUAAUCAUACCUACAACCUGCCGCUUUCCUCUGCCUUCUCUGAGCACCCAGAGCUCCCCAUUUCGGUCGGGAAGAAGACUGUCCGUGACAAACAAAACUCAAAGCCUCAGCCUCCUCAGGACCUGCUCGACAAGCACUCAAGCCGCGACGAGCGCAGAGCCCGGGCCAUGAAAAUCCCCUUCUCCAACGAAAAGAUCAUCAACUUGCCCGUGGAAGAGUUCAACGAGCUGCUAGCCAAGCACCACCUGAGCGAAGCCCAGCUGGCCCUCAUCCGUGACAUCCGCAGGCGCGGGAAGAACAAGAUGGCAGCCCAGAACUGCCGCAAACGCAAGCUGGACACCAUCAUAAAGCUGGAGCAGGGCGUCCAAGAUCUGAGGCGCGACAAGGCCCGCCUGCUGAAGGAGAAGAUGGAAUUCAUUCGCUCCAUCCGGCAAAUGAAGCAGAAGAUGCAAAGCUUGUACCAAGAGGUGUUCACUCAGUUGCGGGACGAGGAGGGCCGGCCCUAUCCUCCCAGCGAGUACUCGCUGCAGUACAGCGCCGACGGCAGCGUGCUCAUCAUGCCCCGCGGCGUGACGACCGCCGAGCAGAACCGAAAGCCAGAGAAAAAACAGAAGGACAAAAAGAAGUGAGGGAGCACAAACUGCUGUUUAUUCUAUAACUUUGCUAAGUCAGUAAGAAAGAUUUCUGCAGACACGAGAGAGAUGUCCUUAUUUCCUUUAAGAAGAUUGUGGUGAGUAGAAAAAUGGCAUUGUUGACUACUCUUCCUGCAUUAGUUUCUCCCGUUUCAUUCUGUUCCUACAAUUUUUGUUCCUGGAAACAACUUUGACGCAGAAGUAGCUCUUCGUUCAAGUACUGAGAUUUAAUUAUUUAGACGAGGAGAAGGGGGAUAUAAAAGGACAUAAAACGAGCUAUUAGGAAGAAGAAAAAAAAAUUAGCUGCUCUUGAUCCUUUUGCACCAAACCACUAAGGAUGGAGGAGUUUCGCAGGGUGAAAGAAGGGACUGGGGGAGUACAAGAACACUGUCGAGGAUGUUUGGAAUACCUAUGCACCGAAGGUUUUAAAGGACUAUCAGAUCACAUCCCACCCUGGAGACUUUUGGUGAUUUUCAUAGUCACUGAGGCUUUUAAGUUGCAAAGAAAUGCAUCGAUGGUUGUGAGUUUAGAUACCAAAGGCCAAAAGGAAGUCCAUUAUUUUAGGAUGCCAAUUAACACCUAUACUAACCAAAGGUUGUAUUUGGUGCACAUCACAUGAUCUGUAUACAUCUUAAAUGCUCCAACACUGCACUCUAAUUCUGUAGGUUCCAGUUUUUGAGUCAGGUGGCAUCUAAGUUUAGAAGGCCAUAAAUAGAUCGGGUUUGAUGUGUGGAAGGUGGAUGUUGAGAUGAGAGGAGUGGGAGGCUGAGAGCAUUCUUGCGCUGGUCACUGCUGAAAGAGGCCUGGAGGUGAAGUCUUUGAAGGGGAGCAGAUUUAGGGAGGAGGCACGCUGCAUUGCAAAAUGUAUCGACUUCCUUAUAAAUUAUACAUAGCACUGUAAUUUGUCUUUAAAAGGCUUGGCUGUAUGCAUUUUGCCGUGUCUGUCGCUAUUCCUUCGCUGCAGGAUUAAAUACGGGAGCUGCGUUUAGGAAGGCUCUUAUUAACUGUUCAUAAUCUGUAGUAUAAGCAAGGUUAUAGGUCUAGCCACAUCAGCUUUACAUAGACGCCUACACCCUUUUUGUUGAAUUCUAAAUUCUGAGCCUGUAAUUAAAGGAAGAAUUCAAGAUAACGGUGAUGGGCCAGGAGCUCCAGAGAGUAGUGCAUUAUUAAAACCAACUCCAGGCAGUCUUGAGUCAAAGUCAUUCAGUUUUCUUGGAUGCCCCAUUUUUAGCAUUAACAGAAGGCAGGCUCAGUUGACGCUGGGGUGUAGCAACUUCCCUUUCAAGUAACAUACGCGCCAAAUGUUAAAUACAACAGUGUAUUAGGGCCGGUUAAGGGCGAAAACAAUUUAAAAAGCUUGGCGAAGCUGAGGUGAAGGCCUGAGACAAAAGAAUAGAGAUUUUUGUUGCUGUUGUUGUUGUUGUUUGUUUGUUUUCUCAGAAUUGUUUUGCUUUAACCUCAAAUUGAGGAGAAAAAACCUGUUUAUUAUUUCAAAACCAGAAACAAGAAACAAACUGGCAAAUUUAUGGGAAGAAGACCUGAAAAAUUUAAGAGAAAAAUAAUUAGGAGAAUAUUUACAGUCGAAAGAGAUAUUUUAGGAAAACAAAACAGGCAAAUUCAUGAGGAAAAAAAUGGAAAUUUACAU